AUGUAUACUUCCCCAGUUCCGAUUUUUGUCCAAACCUCUCAUCACCCCCCUACUCUUCUUGCCCGGCCACGGCCCCGAUUUUGCAUCCUGCGUCCCGGAGGCUUCUGGACACCUCUGGUUCCACUUGAUGAGUUGCCUUCUUGGUUAGAGAUUUGCAACUGGUCCCCUGACCUGUAUAUGGGGAUGUACCCGGCAUCAAUGACAUUCAUCCCACGAGAAGGGGAAUAUGAUGUUGUCUGUCAUCACUGCUCGCACCGAGUAGACUCGCUGCACCAGAGCUUCUCAGAGCGAGGAGCUCCUUCUGUGGCCGCCAGUAAUACCGCCACUCAUGGCACCUCGGCCAAAGACUGUCCUGAACAACACGUCUCACCAAACGCUUACCACGCUGAUGCUAUUUCCUUGCCUACAGUGCUUCAUCAUGACGCAGACCAUUUCUUAGAGCAGCCUCCUUUCAGUGCGAUGCUCCAGACUCCUUUUGUUGGAAUGUGUGUGGUCGACAUGGACUCACAGUAUCCGGAUAUUUCUCAAGACCCUCCUGGGCCAAAACGACGUAUGAGCAUCGGGAACUCGAUUCCUCCUCAGAUCUUCGGUGCAGCCGGCAUUGGCAGCCCCCCUCUUUCUGUGGCCAACUCGGGGAACGCUCGCAGGUCAGACUCCCCUCAUCCACAUGCACAUGAUACUGGAUCGUUUGGCAAGCCCAAGCGAGUUGAAUCUCUGCGAAAUGAAAGUGUUGCAUCAAUGCAAAGUGGCAGUGUUGCCUCCACUCGAUCUCUCACGGUUGCUGCCAUCGAGCAAAUGAGGAGGAUGCGGAGAAGAAGGCUCUCUCGCGGAAGCAGUUUGCUUGCCAGCAUCAGUGUCGCAGAAGCAACCAAUCUGUCUCAGGUCUCAGGCUCAAAAGUCUCAAAGGUCUCAAAGGCUUCCUCUAUCCGUGUUAUCUCAAAGCAUCGCCGAAAGGUUAUCCUGCGUCGUCGACGUGCGGAAGAAAGGAAAACCCGCAAACCACAGUCAGAGAUCUCAAUGGAGCCGAAGAUCAAGCCGGAGCAAACGAAUUCCGCUACCAAGAGACGCGAUCGACGCGAGCGCAUGAUGCAACGCAGAAAGCAAUCUGAUCGAGGAAAGCAACCUUAUCGAAGCAUGAUGCAGAUUCCCCAUUGGAGCCCGGGUAUGUGCAAGCACUGA